CUUUUUUCUUUUACAAUAUUAUUUGUUUUUAUUACACUCACGCUUCUUAUCUGAUAUCGAAUUCAACUACAUCAACAACAAAAGACUUUGUCUUCUCUCAAAAAAUUCAAUAAACACCAAAAAAAUUAAACCAACCCAUUCCAUUCACUUUUAACACACUCUUUUUAUACAAUGACGGAUAGUUGUUUUAAUCAAGAGCCUAUUAUGCUCCGUAAUCCAACAAGCUUAUUGGCUCAAGAGCAAAUUAAGCAAGAAGAAAUUAUCGAAAUCGCCCAACAUUUAGCUCCAGAACAAUUCAAGUACGAAUUUCCGCCUAAAUCUCGCAUCAUGGAAAUCGAGGCACAAGUUGACACCACCGACGAAUUUAGUUACUUUGAUGAAUGCUCCUUCACUACCACUUCCACUUCCACAGCUGCCUACUCCAACAUUAUCUACGAGCAAGAUGAUGAAGAUGAAGAUUACUACCAACAGUUAAUGAACAAUAGUGCCAGAAGUAGUUCCGAUCGUCUUGACAGAUACUUUGAAUCAUUCACCAAUGAUCACAAUACAUUCGUCUCCGAUAAUCAACUCUCUCCUUUACAGUUACCUACUCAAAUGUCCUUCAUGAAACAUGUACGUGAAGAGUCCUACGAUUCUACUGGCACUGUCAUCAUUCGUAAAUCAUCUCAAUACUCGUCUCCUUCUUCCUUCUUGUCUCAAUCAACCCAUCAUCAUUUAUCAAACAUUCCAGAACAAGAUCGAAUUCACUGGGAUGAAAACUCAUUUAUCUUUCCUGACCAAUCCAACCAAUUCGUUCAUGAAAAAGUUCAUCGCAGUGUACACCCUUACCAUCAAUCCGACCCGUAUGAAGACCAAAAGGUCAUCAUCAUGAAGAUUAGUAAAUCUCAACCUCCUGCCAUCAUGCAAUAUUCCAACAUUAGUAUUACAGAUGAGGGUUACGAUGACAACGAUCUUGACGACCAAUGUAAAGAAAUGCCUAUCGAAUCUGCCUCUGUCUUUUUACCUUUAUCCGACUCUGAACAAGAACAAUUGUUGGACAUGGAAAAGACUCGUCAUUUUGCUGCCAUCAAGAUCCAAUCUGUGUGGCGAGGUUACUUUGGUCGUAAGCAUCAACCCAAAAGCUCACUCAAACUAUCACAUCGUGUCUUGGCUGGCCUUGCUCGUAUCAAUGAUAGUAUCCACUGCAGAAAUAACAAUCAAUUACAAGACCGUUGUUAUGAACUUGAACAACGUCUGGGCGAAGAGACUGCCAUGCGUAUUGCUUUUGAAAAGGCCAUGGAGGACAUGACCAUCUUGAUGGAUCAUCAACACAAGGUCUUGAACGAAAGACUUGAACAAGAAGUGGAUAUGAGACAAGCUUACGAACGAAAAAUGGAGCAAGUCUUGAAUCAAGUUCAACCCCUUGAAUCGCGUUUACGCCAUGAAUCCAAGGCAAGAGCUGAUAUGGAGUCCAUGAUGUCUCGUGUGCUUGAUCAAUUACAUGACAUCAAGGUGCAGCAAAAAGAUCAAGCCGAGCAUAACCAUGCGGUGCAACGUCAAUUAGAAGAAGCCACACAGGAAAUUGCUCAAUUGAAGAAAACCAGUGGUAGAGCCACUCCUGCAGCAGGUAGACCUGCUCCUUCAGGAAGAAUGACCCCUGCUGCUGGAAGAAUUACACCCGCUACUGGAAGAAUAACACCCGCAGCACCCACUCGAUCUGUCACUGGUAGAACCACACCAGCUGCUAGACCUGCUUCUGCUAAAUCUACUGUCACAGCUACCUCUGCUAAAUCAACAACCACCAGCAGUCGAUUAACAUCCAAAAGAACCAUCACACCUACCACAGCUCGACCUUCCAUUCGACCCGCAUUACGCAGUACUACACCUGCACCACCAACAACUACACCCUUAAGAAAAACUGUCAUUAAUAGAAAAUUAUAAAUAAUUACUCAACUAAUAUCCCCGUAUAUGCCUUUUUUUCUUUUUUCUUUUUUAUAAUUUGUCAUGAAUUACAUCAAUUAAUCCCUUCUCCCCCACCCCCUUAAUUAGAGUGUUGUGUGUUUGAUAUACACACACAAAAAAAUUCAUCUUUACCCUUUAUUUUAACUCAUUAAUACUCCCCCUCUCUCUCUCUCUCUUUCACCCCAACAUUUUUUAGUACAUAUAAAUUUCAUUUUUUUUUUCAAUAAUAAAUUAAUUCGACUUUUUUUUUUUUUCUAAUUUUUACACUA